CGAUCUGCGAGUUGACAGAUGCAAGCGUUUACACGCUGGGUGUCGCCAAUCCUUCGAUAAGCUCCGAAGUCCUGCUUGCGGUACCUUACCCAUCGUGGGACGAAGAUUCGUCCGCGGUUUCCCUCGUAGCGACUACAGUGCUCCUCGCAGAUCGUCUCAUUGCCUGAUAUGACCUUGAUAACACGCUUCACCAACUGUCGAGUGCUCCGGAAUGGUAAGCUCAUCCGGGACGACCUUUACGUACGGGACGGUAAAAUCAUCGAUUACAUGCAGAUAUUCUACGAGGAAAGACGGAAGUGUGAUAUAGCGCUCGAUUGUAAAGGGAGAAUAAUCGCUCCUGGUUUCAUUGACUUACAAAUAAACGGAGGCUUCGGCUAUGAUUUCUCGCAUGACUGCGAAAAAAUCGAGUCGGCUGUUCGUGAAGUUGCACAGAGACUUCUAUCUUCUGGGGUGAUCGGUUUUUGCCCCACGCUGGUCACCUCCGACCCCGCAGUUUAUCCCGAAGUUUUGAAGAAGAUCAGGAAGGAGACCGGAGGGAAACAUGGAGCGGCUAUUUUAGGUCUGCACCUUGAAGGACCAUUCAUAGCCAUGGACAAGAGGGGCGCUCAUAAUCCAUCAUACGUCCGAACCUUGGAAAAUGGAGUUUGUGACUUGACGGACGUUUACGGUAACGAUCUGUCAUCGGUGGCGAUCGUGACCCUGGCUCCCGAGUUGGAUAUUCGUAGGGAAGUGAUCAAAUAUCUGUCGAGUCGAGGCGUUCGCGUGGCGUUGGGUCACUCGACGGCCAGCUUGAGAGAUGCGGAGAUUGGCGCUUCAAACGGAGCGUCCCUGAUCACACACUUGUUCAACGCGAUGCCUCUCUUCCAUCAUCGGGACCCGGGUGUAGUCGGUCUGCUCACAUCGGAGGUUUCGCCUAGGCCUCUCUUCUACGGAAUAAUAGCUGACGGUGUUCACACGCAUUUUGAAACAUUACGUAUCGCCCACCGGAUAAAUCCACAGAACCUCGUCCUCGUGACCGACGCAAUUAGCGCGAUGGGACUUGAAAACGGCAAACAUUUCAUAGGCGAUAUGCAGGUCGUCAUCGAGGGAAAGCGAGCGACUAUUGACGGAACUAGCACAUUGUGCGGGUGCGUCAGUAGCCUUGAUUUCUGCGUUAGGCAGUUCCACGCUGCGAGUGGCUGCUCGAUCGAGGAAGCUCUUGAAGCGGCGUCGCUCCAUCCUGCACAGGCUCUGGGUUUGGCAAACAAGGGGUCCCUGGAUGUAGGUUCCGAUGCGGAUUUCGUGAUAGUCAACGACGACAUCCAGAUACAGUCUACUUGGAUCGCGGGAGAAAUGGUGUAUUCACUCUGAGAAUGAGGUCAAGGGUCUCAUACAGCAGCAGAGACAGAGGGUGCCGUGGUUCGAUUUCUCGAAUAAAGAGACAAGGUUCU